AUGCGCGAUGCCCUCGCGGGACGUGGUCUCUGGCGCGAUGAGUGGGAAAUGAGCGGCCGUGUCGAGGCAGUGGUCGGCGAUCUUGCACGUCCACGACUUGGACUCUCUGAGAGCGACUGGCAUCACAUGGUGACAAGUGUAGAUAUCAUCGUGCACAACGGAGCCAUGGUACAUUGGGUGUAUCCUUACAGCAAGCUGCGUGCAGUGAAUGUGCUGUCGACGAUAGCCGUCAUGCACAUGGCUGCCGAGGGCCGUGCGAAAAGUGUGGCAUUUGUCUCUUCGACGUCGGCGUUGGACACCAACCACUACAUCGAGCUUGCAGACUCGACGCGGGGCGUGCCUGAGAGCGACAUGCUUGAGGGAAGUGCGCAACAGCUGAAGAGUGGCUAUGGCCAGACAAAGUGGGUGGCUGAGCGCCUGUUGAUGGUAGCCAGUGCGCGUGGCUUAGCUGCGGCGAUUGUGCGACCAGGCUACGUCGUGGGCGAUAGCACGACAGCUGUAACAAACACAGACGACUUCCUCUUCCGCCUUGUCAAAGGCAGUGCACAGCUGGGGCUGAUUCCAGACAUGGACAACACGAUCAACAUGGUGCCUGUGGACCACGUAGCACGAGUGACGUCAUUGGCGGCUCUGAAUGCCGUGGCCUGGCCUGAGCAGGAGACGACUCAUGCGACAGUAUUCCAUGUGACGUCACAUCCUAAGAUCCGCUACAAUGAGUUCCUCGGUGCCCUUGCGAAGUAUGGAUGGCCUGUGCAGCGUGUUGAGUACGUCGAGUGGCGCACGGCAUUGGAGAACCACGUGAUGGCGUCAACGACGCAUGCGCCAGGCUCUGACACUGAAUCCAACGCACUCUUCCCGCUGUUGCACUUUGUGCUUGACGACUUGCCGACGUCAACCAAGUCGGCAGAGCUGGACGACUCCCAUACCACCAAGCUGUUGUCUCGCGCACAUGAGCUGGAUGUUGUGCGGGGCGUCAGCCAGCCUCUGGUGGGUCUGUAUCUAUCGUGGCUUGUGGCAGUGGGCUUCCUCGCGCCACCCCCAGCUACUGGCACACGCUCGGUUAAUGAAGCAUCAGCGCCAUCCACGGCCAAUUCGCCUUUGCUUCCACUGCCGUCUCUUCCACAAGGUUCUGUGCUUCAAGCUAUGGGUCGUGGAUCAGCCGCCAUGUAA